AUGUUACCUCCAGAAUUCGCAGCAGACCAGGAACCGAUGGCUAAGGACAAAUGCUGUAGUGUGCUCUUUGAUAGCUCUUACAAAGCUGCCGAAAACGCUCAUGGUACUUUCUUUAUGCCGGGCCGCCAGUCGAACCACCCGGAAAAGGAGGAUUGUUCUUCGAAUUUCCAACCCCCAGCAAGUCCGGAAGAUUACAAUACGAUCUCAAAGGCAAAUGAACAGGCCGGAGGCCAUUUAAAACUUUGGCAGACGGUACUCAGCCAUGAAGACUCCAAGACAAGCUACAAGACGAGCUCGGCUGCGUUCAUUGGGGUACCGAAUGAGAAAGAGUUGAGAGACCAGUGGCACAACUACAUGAAAGCUGUUUCUUUGAGUCACGACGAUGCUUUCAUCAAGGCAGGGAUCUUACCGGACUACGCCAAGGACGAGAGCAAAGAUGUACCGGGUAUUAACCCCCCAGAAGAAGAAGAGGAGGAAGGAACUGCGCCCGCUAUCAACACCGUCGCAAAAGAUGACAUAUUAACUGGCAAAGAGAUUGUGUCUUAUGACAAAAGCAACCAACCCAGGGAGUCCCGAUUACUGAAGGAGGCCAAUAUCAAAAGCAAACUCAACGCAGCAAAGAAAGCCUACCUCAAAGCCGAGAAAGUGCACAAGAACCAUCGAAACCAGUACGAGAUCGUAUUCGGUGCAUUACGUGAUGUGGAAAAAGCGUAUCGGGACGCAGAAAAGCGCGCACUCGAUGCGAACGUUCUCAUAAUUCCGGACGAACUUAUCGAACCAGAUGUCAACCCAUGCCUGGAUCUUGAUGAGCUAGACGCGAUGCUGAUCUGUACCGAUGGCGAUAGGGAACGUAUUCAUAGAUGGCGCAACGUCGAAGCCGGUAUUCUCAGCCCGCCGUCUAUUCAUACGAUAGAUACGUAUUAUGAUGCUAGCUCCAGUGACGAUGAUGGCAGCACUGAGAGUAUUGUGAGCGCGCAAGAUCGUGGAAUACAUAGUAGAGAAAACGAUCAACCGUCGGUGCAGUCUGCCAAUCCAUAUGUCGACAUACACGCAGAUUCCCCAGCGGGUGAUGAACCCGAGCCUCGUCAUAUCGAUGGAAACACCACGGACGAAACGAUCCGAUUGAGCAAGCCCGUUACAAGUCAGAAAUCCGACGCGUCUACAGAAUUAGCGUCUACAAUAGAUGGCACAGCUUCCCCUGGAAUGGAAAAGCGUAAGUUCUGGGGCCAGGUACAAGUACAUGAUAGCUAUAGUGUUGUCAAUCCGGGGAUCAAACGACAAAAAUUCGAUACUUGGGUGCCGGAAUGCGCGAGGUGGAGGGCGAGGGAUUUACCAUUAAAAUAA